AUGAGCAAUCUGAGCGCCCAAGUCAAAGGCUCCCUCAACACCACCAUGCCUGGGGUGCAAAUAUGGAGGAUCGAGGCCAUGCAGAUGGUGCCUGUUCCUCCCACCACCUUUGGCUGCUUCUUCGAAGACGACUGCUACGUCAUCCUGGCUAUCCACAAGACCGGCAUCAACCUGACAUACGACAUCCACUACUGGAUUGGCCAGGCCUCAUCCCAGGAUGAGCAAGGGGCAGCCGCCAUCUUCACCACAGAGAUGGAUGGCUUCCUAAAGGGCCGGGCUGUCCAGCACCGUGAGACCCAAGGCAAUGAGAGCGAUGCUUUACGAGGCUACUUCAAGAAAGGCCUUGUGAUCCGGAAAGGUGGCAUGGCUUCUGGCAUGAAGCAUGGGGAGAGCAACUCCAGCGAGGUCCGGCGGCUGCUGCAUGUGAAAGGCAAGAGAAACGUGGUAGCCGGAGAAGUGGAGAUAUCUUGGAAAAGUUUCAACCGUGGGGAAGUUUUUCUCCUGGACCUUGGAGAGCUUAUCAUCCAGUGGAACGGGCCAGAGAGUGACCGCAAAAAGAGAGUCAAAAGCAUGAUCCUGGCCAAGGAGAUCCGAGACCAGGAGCGGGGUGGACGGCCCUAUAUAGCUGUGGUGGACGGGGAGAAGGAGGAGUCUCCGCAGCUGAUGGAGGUCAUGAACAGAGUGCUGGGCAGCAGAAGGGGGUUGAAGGCAGCUGUGCCUGACAUGGUGGUGGAGUUCGCACUCAAGGCCAACCUCAAGUUAUACCACAUGUCUGACAUAGAGGGAAAGCUGGUGGUCCAAAUGGUCGCAAUGCAGCCACUCACACAAGACCUGCUCAGUCAUGAGGAAUGUUAUAUCCUGGACCAGGGGGGCCUGAAGAUCUAUGUGUGGAAGGGGAAGAAUGCCAAUGCCCAGGAGAGGGAGGACGCCAUGGGCUUGGCCCUGAGCUUCAUAAAAGCCAAGCAGUACCCCCUGAGCACACAAAUCGAGGUGCAGAAUGAUGGGGCAGAGUCUGUCAUCUUCCAACAGCUCUUCCAGAAGUGGACAGUGCUGGGCAGAACCUCAGGCCUGGGCAAAACCCACACUGUGGGCUCCGUGGCCAAGGUGGAGCAGGUGAAGUUUGAUGCCAUGUCUAUGCAUGUCCAGCCUCAGAUGGCUGCCCAGCAGAAGAUGGUAGAUGACGGGAGCGGACAGGUGCAGAUGUGGCGCAUUGAGAACCUAGAGCUGGUGCCUGUGGAGUCCAAGUGGCUGGGCCACUUCUAUGGGGGUGACUGCUACCUGCUGCUCUACACUUACUUAAUUGGGGAUAAACCCCACUACCUGCUGUACGUCUGGCAGGGCAAACGGGCCAAACAGCAUGAAAUCACAGCCUUGGCCGAUCAGGCCGUCAUCCUGGAUCAGAAGUACAACAAUGAACUGGUCCAGAUCCGAGUCUCGAUGGGCAAGGAGCCACCUCACCUCAUGUCCAUCUUCAAGGGAUGCAUGGUGGUCUACCAGGUAGGCACCUCCCGGCCUAAGAGCAUGGAGCCUGUGCCCCCCAUAAGGCUGUUCCAGGUGCAGGGAACAAGUGCCAAUAACACCAAGGCUUUUGAGGUCCCUCCCUGGGCCCACUGCCUCAACUCCAAUGAUGUCUUCCUCCUCAAGACCCCCGCCCGCUUUUACCUGUGGUGUGGGAAGGGCUGUAGUGGAGAUGAGCGGGAGAUGGCCAAGAUGGUUGCUGAUACCAUCUCCCCGAAGGAGAAGCAAGUGGUGGCGGAAGGGCAAGAGCCAGCCAACUUCUGGAUGGCCCUGGGCGGAAAGGCACUCUAUACCAGCAUCAAGAGACUGCAACAAGAAAACAUGGUCUUCACCCCCAGGCUCUUUGAAUGUUCCAACCAGAGUGGGCGAUUCUUGGCCACAGAAAUCUCCGACUUCAUUCAGGAUGACUUGGAAGAGGAUGAUGUAUUUCUGCUCGAUGUCUGGGACCAGGUCUUCUUCUGGAUUGGAAAGCAUGCCAGUGAGGGUGAGAAGAAAGCUGCCAUCACCACAGUGCAGGAAUACCUCAAGAUCCACCCCAGUGGCCGGGACCUUGAGACCCCCAUCACCUUGGUGAAGCAAGGACACGAGCCCCCCACCUUCACAGGCUGGUUCCUGGCAUGGGAUCCCUCCAAGUGGAGUAAUACCAAAUCCUACGAGGUCCUGAAGAGGGAGCUUGGCAACUCUGGGGACUUGGGCCAGAUCACUGCUGAGAUCAUAAAUCCUAAAAAGAAAGUGUUCAGUGCUAACAGCAACCUCAGUUAUGUGUCUCUACCCAUCUAUCCCCUGAAGAAGCUGGUGAACAAGCGUGUGGAGGAGCUCCCUAAGGGUGUGGAUCCCAGCAAGAAAGAAGAGCACCUGUCCCUUGAGGAUUUCACCAAGACCUUUGGGAUGACUCCAGCAGUCUUCACUGCCUUGCCUCUGUGGAAACAACAAGACCUCAAGAAAGCAAAGGGACUAUUCUGA